AUGGGUCCAAGGUUGUACAGCUGUUGUAAUUGUCGAAACCAUGUUUCACUUCAUGAUGAUAUAGUUUCUAAGGCUUUUCAGGGAAGACAUGGUCGAGCCUUUUUGUUCUCUCAUGCGAUGAACAUUGUCGUGGGACCUAAAGAAGAUAGGCAUCUCUUGACUGGUCUCCACACUGUUGCCGAUGUAUCUUGUGCCGAUUGUCGUGAGGUGUUGGGUUGGAAGUAUGAAAGAGCUUAUGAGGCGUCUCAGAAGUACAAGGAAGGGAAAUUCAUAUUUGAGAAGUUAAAGAUCGUUAAGGAGAACUGGUAG